AUGGAUCCCGUUCCGCCGUGGGUGUUGGACAGGGAAGAACGGCUGGAGAGACAGAGACAGGACGAGCAAGACGCCGCGGACAUCGGACGCUGCGUCGUCUGCCUCGACGCUCUCGCCGAGCCUUGCCAGCUAUUCCCCUGUGGCCACCGAAACUUUCAUUUCGCAUGCGUUCAUUUCUGGUUGCUUCAAAACCCAGGCCGUAUGUGUCCCAUUUGCAAAGCACCUGUUUACAGAGCUGUCCAUGGACCAGCCGACCUGCAGCAAACCCACGAGUACGGUCCCCUCGGUAUGAGACCGCCACCCAAUAUGACACUCGCCGAUGCUCAAAGGGGAGUCCAGCCACCGCUAAACACUGCUCUCCAGUUUGGACGAGCUCGCUCUCACACUCGCGGUCCACGACCCUGGCGAGCCAGGGUGGAAAGGGACGAGCCUGCCGGCCUAGCGUUCCGGCGCGACGUCUACCGCCGUCUACGCUACUCGAUGCAUGUCGGGUCAAAUCCAGUAUCUCGCUACCGCGAACUAACGCGAGACAGUUUCCGCAACGACGAUGAACUGCAGAGACGCGCCAAGACAUUUCUCCGCCGAGAGCUUCGAGUCUUCAGCUGGCUCACAACCCCUGACGCCGACGACAUCACGCCUUGUGUUGGAGAAAGCCCUCAGACUUUCCAGGAUCGGAGGCGGGCUACAACGGUCGAGAGGCUGCUCGGUCACAUCAUCUGGCUGUUGCAGCACUUCGAGCUCCGAGGCAGCGACGGAAGCGUCGAGGAUGUCGUGACCACCCAUCUCGGUCGCGAGAACACCAGGCUUCUCCUGCACGAAUUACAUUCCUUCCUCCGCAGCCCGUACUCGGCACUCGAAGAUUGGGACCGCGUGGCUCAGUAUUCUAACAACUCCGAGGCAAGAAGCGGUGGGGUCGACCUAGUCAGGGACCGAGGUGCGUCGACUGAGCGAAGCGCCCAUGAGCAGCGAUCCGCCACCAACCGCGAUAGAAACAGCUACCGACCGAGGGAUAGCCUCGUUCGCCCCGAGGCAGCGAGACUCGGGUACAAUAGGCCGAGUGCACCCGCCAACGAAUCUCAUGCGGUCUCUUCUCGUGGCCCGUACCUUGGCGCAUCUCCCCGGGACAAUCGGCGUAGCCGCAACUCUGGUAGCGAUGUCCCUUCAGAUGACGCCACUCGUCAACGUCAAGAUGAUGGCGAAGAGACCCCUCGGCUGGCUAGCUUCGUCGUCAAUCUCUGUGGUCCUACCAAGCGUUGA